UUUGUACUAAUUUACGGGACCUUUCCUGAGGGCGCCCACCCCUAACUCCACUCGUAAAAGCUUGAAAAUCACUACGUAUUACUACCAUCCUAUCUGUUGACGGCGGGUAGUCGCCGAUUGCCGUUGAACUGUUGAAGGGAAGCAGAGACGCCGGAAUGGCGUCACAACACGGCAUCAAACUCGCCGUUCAUCUCGUCUCCUCCUUACUCGGCGAUCACAACGCUAAAGUAUGUGAGUGCCUGUUGAGAAGAGGAACCCUAACAUUACCGCAGAUUAUACAGUUCACAGAGCUUAGCGCAGAUAAUGUAAGGAAGUGUCUGCUCGUGUUAAUUCAUCAUAACUGUGUUCAAGCCUUUGCCAUUAAACAAGAUGGUGCAUUUGGGACUGAACCAAAAAUUGUAACCAAUUACAUGGCAUUAUUUGAUAAUAUAAUCCAUAGGAUGAGGUUUCCUAAGUUUCUAGAGAUUGUGUCCCAGGAGCUUGAUAAAAAAUGCGGAGAGAUGUUUGAAGGGUUGCUUCAGCAUGGCAGGCUUUCUUUCAGCCAAAUACUUGAUAGGCACAAGGAAACGGCAAAACAAGAAGUUUCUGGUGAAGAUGAUGUGUUGGAUAGAUUCCAACGCCUUGCUCAAGCUCGAUUUGUAGAACGCUGUCCAGACCCACUACCAUUUCUUGAUCCGCAUUCUAAAGAUGAAUCCGCAGCAAAGAAAAAAGCCAAAAAAGCUAGCAAGCUUGCUGAAAAGAGUAUAGAGACCCAGGCUUUAGAAGAAGCAGCUCCCAUGGAAUCAUUAAGGUUUUCAGUUGAAAUGGACUCCUGGAAUGAUGUUCCUGGCUGCAGCAAAAACACCAAAGAGGGAAAAAGUGUGGCAGCUGGAGGGAAGCGCAAGAAAGAUGAGAGUGAGUUGUCGGUGAAAGAUGAAAAGAAAGUGCUUUGGCGUGUUAAUUGUGAAGAGUUUGUGCGCCGCUUAAGGCAUAAGGCUUGCGUCGCAAAUGUGAAAGCACGAAUUAAUGAUGAAGCUGCAAUUGUUCUUGAUGCCAUCCUGGAACUGAGUAGAAGCUCCGGAACCCAAGUAAAAGCUGAUAAUUCAGCAUCACUGUCUAUAAAUUCAAUUUAUGAUGCUGUGAUAACUAAAGAAGCUGGUCUUGGUAUGGAUUUGGAACGCAUUAGAGGCUCACUGGUCCAACUGGGUUGUGAAGUUCCUCUGAUCCCGAUUGAUGAGUCAUAUAGUAUUGAUCUAAAGAAUAUAAUUGAAGUGGCAAGGACUGAAGAGGUUCUUAUUUUUCAUAUAGCUUCCGUCCCAAAAAAGGUGGAGCCCAUUGUGUUGAAACGAUAUGGAAGGGAGGCCUUUAGGAUGUUCAGGCUAGUCUCAAAAACUGGCAGACUCAUGUUAACUGAAGAGAUUUCAGAUGCCACGUUUGUUGAAAAGAAAGAUGCACUCAGGAUUCUUCUUGGACUUUGGCAGGAUGACUACUUGGAGAUGAAGAAAAUAAUUGUGCGCGGAAAUAAUCAAACAGAACAAAUGUUGUGGAGUGUUAGUAAACAGCUUCUUUGGAAGCGUGUUCUGGAUGAAAUGUACCACACUGCAUUGAAUCUGAGACUGCGAAUCACACACGAACAAGAGCAAGUCAAAAAGCUUGUAGGGGAGCUGGGCAGAGGAGACGGAAGAUCUGCAAAUGUUAGGCUUCUACUAGAGUCUGCCUUUAUGAACCUUGAUGAUGCUAUCAUGCUCUUCCAUGACUUUUAGGUGUACACAUUUUUAGUAAUUUAUAAAAACAAAUGGCGAACAAUGAUUAUGAAGCUUGGCAUCAUAGGUUGCCGUAGGCCCGUAGCGUGCGUGUGUUACACAUUGAAUAAUAACAAUAUUAUAAUGGUUAAAAGGUCAAUAGGUCCAUGCACCGGUUCAGAAUUCUUAAUUUUACCCAUGGAAAUGUUCAAAUCGC